AUGCUCGACAGGGUGGCAAAAUCGUACAAGAAGAAGAUGAAGUUGAGGAAGAAGGAGAAGAAGGAGAAGAAAUCACAGACGAGAAUCGAGAUCUUUGACGAGCUGCAGGUCAAGCAUGAUGUGCAUCAGAUGCUCCAUGAUGUGCAUGCCAUGUUGAAGACAAACGGGACGCUGUUGCAAGUAGCUUUCCUAGCUGCUUUGUCUCUCCACUGA